CCGCCGGCUUUCCCCUCCACGGCCGACUGCCCCUCGGGGGUACUGUUUCCGGGUCAGGGUGACCCCUGGGGUGAAGGAACUACGACAGGAGCAGCCCCGGGCGGGCAGCGCUCACCAUGCCGGGCUCACGCGUGGGACACCGGCCUGUGGGGCGCCGGCCCCUAAACCCCCGUGUCCCCCCAUCCGCCCCCCGCAGGGACAUUUGCCCGACCUUCCUGCUCUUCCUCUACAGGCCUUGCUCCUUCCCAGGCAGAUUGUUCCAAAAUCCAAUUCCCAGCCCACCCGGCACCCGCUUCCAGCCAGUUAGAGCGUUUCACGAAACGCCGUGCGCAUGGCGUUGGGUUGUGUAACCCGAAAACGCUCUUGCCGUUUUUCUCGUCUGUACAGUGGGUAUGAUUUUUUUUUUUCCCAUCAGCUAAUUUCAGGAUCCCCAAAUAUGUGAACCAGUGGACUAGAUGAUCUCUAUGGUUACUUCCAACUUAUUAGCUGUGUAACUUUGGGUUUUGAUUCCCACCAUGGCUAUCACACAGUUUCGGUUAUUUAAAGUUUGUACCUGCCUAGCAACAGUAUUCUCAUUCCUAAAGAGACUAAUAUGCAGAUCUGGCAGAGGACGGAAAUUAAGUGGAGACCAAAUAACUCUGCCAACUACAGUUGAUUAUUCAUCAGUUCCUAAACAGACAGAUGUUGAAGAGUGGACUUCCUGGGAUGAAGAUGCACCCACAAGUGUAAAGAUUGAAGGAGGGAAUGGCAAUGUGGCAACACAACAAAAUGCUUUGGAACAACUGGAACCUGACUACUUUAAGGACAUGACACCAACUAUAAGGAAAACUCAGAAAAUCAUUAUUAAGAAGAGAGAACCAUUAAAUUUUGGCAUCCCAGAUGGUAGCACAGGUUUCUCUAGUAGAUUAGCAGCUACACAAGAUAUGCCUUUUAUUCAUCAGUCUCCUGAAUUAGGUGACUUAGAUACCUGGCAGGAAAAUACCAAUGCAUGGGAAGAAGAAGAAGAUGCUGCUUGGCAAGCAGAAGAGGUUCUGAGGCAGCAGAAGAUAGCAGACAGAGAAAAGAGAGCAGCAGAGCAACAAAGGAAGAAAAUGGAAAAGGAAGCACAGCGGCUAAUGAAGAAGGAACAAAACAAAAUUGGCGUGAAACUUUCAUAACAAAUGUUCUUCAAGUGUCAUUGUGCCAGGAGGAGAAAUCUGAGCUCCACGACCCAGCAACAUGUGUAUGGAUUUAAGAGUAUUUUCCAAAUACAAACACACUGCUUGAUUUUACUGCAUUCAUCAGACCAUCCCAGACACCAGGAUUCUCCCAAAGUACCUUGAAUUCUUAGUGAUGGAGACUCAAAAGAACAACAAAGAUUUAUGAGAAUGUUGUCUUCAAUAUGCUCCAAGUGUAAGACAAUUGUUUGCUAUAGGGAAAUGAUUACAAAUGGAAUAUAACAGUACCUCUUCAAGCUAGUGUUUCUAGCUGAAUAAAUGGAUGUAAAUAAUUUUAUGGUGGGACAGAACUCUGCUGUCUAUAAUGCUUUCCUUCCAUGUGCAUAAUGAUAAAAUAAAUAAUUUUAAAUAGUCUUUUGUUUCCAUGAUUAUCUGACCUAAAUCAGACAAACUGCAGGGCUUUUACUUUAUUUUUAUUGUCAGAAGCUGGUGUUGGCGCACAUUGCCUCUAAUUUGAACUGGUAUUGUUUAUGUUUGAUACAGUAUUAAGGAAUUUGACGAUUUUUGUUUUCAAGAAAAUGACAUUAAAUGCAAUAUUUUAUUUAUCAUAAAGAUUUUGUACAUCAUUGUGUUCUUUUAGUUGGUAUUGUAAUGUUAUACAUAUUUGUAAUUUAUAUUGCAUGUAUAAACAUAUUGAAAAUCA